GCGAGCCUGAGCCACACCAGAGGCGGGGAAGAUGACAACAAUCGCGUCCCCUUUAGUCCGAAAGAUUGUGGGUAAAGUAAAGCAUUCCAUUACAAACACUGUCAAAGCCACACCGGAGGCUGUCAACAGCUUACUUCCACACACUUCAGCGUCUCUCCGUCUUACACGAUGAUCCCUGACAACCCAGAUAUCGGACACACAGUUGGUUUUUAUUUCAUUUUUCUGUCGUUCGUUCCUGUCAACAUUGUCACCGGCAGCACAAGACCAGGCUCCCAGAACCAGGAUUCAGAGGAAGUCCUCUAUGACAGCCAGCUAGACCUGCAAGAGAUAGUGUUUGUGAUCCAGAGCCAGAGUAACUCAUUCCACAUGAGUUGGGCGGAAAGACAGAGAGCAGACCUGUUACAACAGACUCAGAGCCUCACACAGACACCCCCUCCAGUCCUGCUCCUCCACAGUUUGACAGACAAUGAGGGAGACUGGAGCAUCCUUCCUCUGCUGCCUUACUUCUCCUCGUUGUUUGGGAAGAACUCGUCCUGGUUAGUGUUUCUGGAAGAGGAGACUAACGUCAAGGUGACCAAGCUGCUCCAGGCCCUCAGGAAGUUUGACAGGAGAAAAGAGUGGUUCCUGGGUAAACCUCUCCAUGACGAGGAGUCGACCAUCAUCCACCACUACGCCUUUGCAGAGAACCCCUCCAUCUUUAAAUACCCAGACUUCUCUGCUGCCUGGGCCCUUAGCAUCCCCCUGCUUGACAGGCUCGCAAACAAAGUGAGAGAUGAUCCACUCAAGUCUGACUUCACUAUCGAUCUGAAGCAUGAGGUGGCUCUGUAUAUCUGGGAGAAUGGCCAAGGGCCUCGUCUGACGGCAGUCCCAGAGCUGUGUACUGAGCCAGAACACUCUCCCACUGCCCAACACUGUGCUACCACGCUCAGGAGACCUGCUCCCCUGUGUGGGGAGCCUGUAAAGAAGGAAGACAUCUUUGUUGCUGUGAAAACUUGCAAGAAGUUUCACAGUGAGAGAGUCCCAGUGGUGAAGAAGACGUGGGAGAGAGAGGCAUCUCUGUUGGAGUAUUACAGUGACCACACUGACCCCUCCAUACCUACCAUCGACCUAGGAGUCCCCAACACAGAGAGAGAUCAGGUGCAGGCCAUGGAAAUGCCAUGGCACGGAGAGGUGAGGGGAGUGGUGAUUGAAGGGAGGAUAUUUUGCAGUCUGCUGGCUCCACCCCCUGAGCCUUAUAUGCACUUCCUGCCCCAACGAGGUCAUUGUGGGAAGACGUUUGCCAUCUUGGAGAGGUAUAUCAGCGAUGCGGUGCCAAAGACGAGCUGGCUGCUGGUGGUGGAUGAUGACACACUCAUCAGCCUGCCCAGACUGCACAUGCUGUUGAGCUGUUACGACCCCUCUGAACCGGUGUGUCUAGGGGAGAGGUACGGCUACGGGCUGGGCCAGGGAGGCUACAGCUACAUCACCGGAGGAGGGGGGAUGGUGUUCAGUAGGGCCGCGGUGGUGAGGCUCCUGGCCAGUGACUGCAAGUGUUACAGUAAUGACGCCCCUGAUGACAUGGUGCUGGGGAUGUGUCUCAAUGCUCUGGGGCUCCCUGUCACACAUAGCUCCCUCUUCCACCAGGCACGACCUGAAGACUACUCCAGAGACUUCCUAGCCCACCAGGUGCCCAUCUCUUUCCACAAACACUGGAACAUCGACCCCGUCGCCGUCUUCAACAGGUGGCUAAAGGAUGAGUCGAUGUCAACAAGCCCACACGGACUAAACAAGAGCACCAAGGAAGAGUUAUAGUCACUCAGACACUAUCAGUCUUGGUGUGUGUGUGUGUGUGUGUGUGUGUGUGUGUGUGUGUGUGUGUGUGUGUGUGUGUGUGUGUGUGUGUGUGUGUGUGUGUGUGUGUGUGUGUGUGUGUGUGUGGAGUCAUGGACAAACAUAUUGUCAGCAUGUUUCCUCCAUCAGUGUAAAUGUUUUCUAUAUUGUGAAUCUUGCGGAGAUAUAAUUUGGAAGGUUCAUGCAAGCCUGUCCCUGACUGUGUGUAUGGGAACUUAUUCAUGACUGAGGCCAGGAUUCAAUCCAAGGCGCGUUAGAGCAGCGCAAUAUAAUGGACUUUCAAAGGUAAAUGAUGCUUGAGUCGACAUGCUAGCAUUUACCAUGAAUGCGAUCUCGGCGAACGCCGGGGAAAACGCCUUUAGAAGACAUAUUGUCGGCUGUCUAACGCGCAGCUCUACAACUUGUAUUGAAUCCCCGCCACAGUUUAAAUUGAUUUGCAUGUUGAGGUUGUCAGUGUGUGUUCGGAUCUUGUCUGUGUAUAUUUAUAUGAUAUAAUCUAUUCCUUGCCAAGUUGAACAAUGAAACAGUUUUUUUUUAUUAUUAUUUUUCUAUUAUUAUUUUACCCCUUUUUCUCCCCAAUUUCAUGGUAUCCAAUUGGUAGUAGUUACUGUCUUGUCUCAUCGCUGCAACUCCCGUACGGACUCGGGAGAGGCGAAGGUCGAGAGUCAUGCGUCCUCCGAAACACAACCCAGCCAAGCCGCACUGCUUCUUGACACAACGCACAUCCAACCCAGCCGCACCAAUGUGUCGGAGGAAACACUGUACACCUAGCAACCUGGUCAGCGUGCACUGUGCCCGGCCCGCCACAGGAGUCGCUAGUGCGCAAUGAGACAAGGAUAUCCCUGCCGGCCAAACCCUGACAACGCUGGGCCAAUUACGACCGCUGGGUCGCGGCCGGGAGGCCUCCGUUUUUUUUUCUUAAGGACAUAUCUCAACAUUAUUACUACAUGCUGUACAAUGUGUACUAUUUUGAUAUCAAAGUGUUAUUACUUAAAAAUAUAUGUUUGCGCUGUCUUAUUGGAGUUUUAUUUCUGGCAUUUGGUUUCAGGAUUAAUUCAUGACUAUGAAUUGUGAAUGUAAAUAAUGGGGGCUAUGAAAACGCGUGUGUGUUUUCAUUGCCCCUAUUAUCACACACACCAAAUACUGUUGAAUGGAAUUUUAAAUAGAAGCUAUGAGAAAUGA